GUCCUUUAUUUGUUGAGGUGCUGAUCAUUGAUUACUAAGCCUUCUUAUGACGAGCGUGUCAGCAGCAGGGGGAUCCGCUGCUCAAAAAGCCAAACCUCCUGUAGUACAGCCUGGCACAGGCAACAAUAUUAUAAUAAAUCCCAACCAGCGCUUGAACCCCGUUCUCGAGUGCAUUCGCAAUGUUGGCAAAGAAUUUGGCGACAUUGUCUCCGACUUCCAAGUGGGGCGUACUUCUGGCGUUCUCUUUCUCAGUCUGAAAUAUCACCGCCUGCACCCAGAGUACAUUCAUACUCGCAUAGAAAAACUUGGGCAUGCAUUCAAUCUCAGGAUUUUGCUUAUCAUGUGUGAUGUGAGCGAGCAUCAGGAGCCAAUCCGGGAGCUUACCAAGGUCUGUCUCAUCAAUAACAUCACCAUCAUCGUCGCAUGGAGUAUCGAAGAAGCAGGGCAGUACAUCUCUACACUCAAGCAAUUUGAGCACAAGCCACCAGAUCUCAUCAAGGAGCGUGUGGAUAAGGACUACAAUGCCGUCCUCCGCACUGCGCUCACCAGCAUCAAUAAAGUGAACAAAACCGACGUCGAGACUUUGCGCUCGUCACUUGGGAGCUUCGCCGACAUAGCUCGCGCCCCAUCUGAUCGCCUCCAGACCUUACCAGGCUUUGGCCCCGUGAAAGUCCGUCGCAUCAAAGACGCCUUCGACAAACCAUUUCGAAAUCCUACCAGUGCUGUAUUUUCUGUAGGCUCGCAACUCCCACGGGGUGCUGGCGAUGAGGUCGUGUCUACGUCCAAUGGAGAAAAGGUUUCGGAGGUGGCAGAACCUAUGGCUGCCUCAGGUUCGAAAGCGAUAUUGGACUCGAUACCUACACAAAGCGGGGUUAAGGGCAAAGGAAAGGGAAAAGAACCAGCGCAACGCAGCCCAAGCCCAGUAUGGGAUAUAGAACUUGAUCUUGACAGUCCUCCGCCCACCGCAUCUUCCGGGCCUCCACCUCCACGUGAGCCGUCGCCAGUAUGGGAUAUCGAGCUUGACCUCAACGAUGACUCGGAUGACCUGUAUGUGGACCCACGGCUGGCUGCUAAGAAGGGGUUCGGGCGGGCUGGGAACUCAUUAGGCUCAGAUGAGUGAGGCUUAUACAUCGUAGAAAUGGCGGUGGAUACGUAUUGAUUGUAUGCAC